CUCAGAAAACAUCUUGACAUCACAACUACCUUUCUUAUUAUUGGCGGCUCGAACAGUCCCCACAAUCCCGUUUAAUUAAAAGCAAGGUAUCUCCACGAGUGAAUCGGAGAAUCAAUUCUUGCAGGCAUUUUGACGUCAAUGCUACGGCAGGCCGCCAUGGCCCAUGGGAAGACGAAGAAGACGAAGCCGAGGAAGGGAGAGAGGCACCCGGAAUUCUACUACUUUCCUCCGAGCAUAGUUGUCAUCAGGUUUCCUUCCUCAAGCAGAUCGAGGAAAGGGGUGGAAUUUGAGCCCUCGACUAGGGUUUCUAUAAACAAAUCCCUCAUCUUCCCGUCUUCUGGUGGAUGCUGACUCGAAAUCUGGGUGCUCUCUGCUUCUCGUCUUCGUUGGAUCGAUGAAGAGGGUGUUUUGAGUUGGAAAUCAUCCGAAAACUAGGUUGAAUAUUUAUAAAGGAAAACAGAAAACCAGGAAGACCAAUACUUUGUGGUGUUUUGUUAGGUCGUUGGUGUCUGUUCUUCAUGCACAAUUUCCAUAAAGAUUCCUUCUGUUAGGGUUCGUCAUUGAUUUGGGGGGUUUCUUCCCAAGUUGAUUCACCUGAGGUUCAAUAUCUCAAUUAUCUGAACUCCCAACAGUUUGUAAAUUACACAGAAGCAUCUCUGCAUCAUCCUAUGGCUGGUUGUGUGUAUUUAGGAGCUUCUCAGGUGGAAGGCAGGCAUGUUGUGCAGGAAGAGACAGAGAACCUAUUUAGUGGUGUGGUAGAAAUGCUUGCAGUAGAUCUUGGUGUUCGGUUCUCCAACUUGACAACUGCAGAAGAAGUAUCACUAUGCGAUAUUGAAGAGCAGUUGAAAGGAUUACACAACAAGAUCCUCAAUUGGGAAUCUGAGAAGUCACUGAUAUCAGACUUGGUUCGAGAUGUGGAUGUAAUCCGGGAGCUUAGCGAAGUUCUUGGACUACUACAAUCGAGCAGUGAAAAUGAAAAGCACAAUGAACUCCUCACUUUUGCCCAAAACAUUCUUCAGAUGGGAAUGGUCAGACUUGAGGAUGAGUUUGUGGAGCUUUUAGAUCAAUGUUACCAGCCAUUAGAACCUGGUAACAUCUCAUUUCAUUCUGCAGAAGAUGAUAGCAUGGACUUCUCAAGCAGCUCGUUUGGUGAGGAAUCAGUUGACGGUGCACCCUGCCGUGAUGCUGUUAGAGAGGCUGACAAAGUUAGGAUUGCUCCAAUCCAACAUGGUCUGAUUUCUAAUAUUGUUUCCAUUGCCAAUCUGAUGUUUCGAUCCAACUAUGAUAAAGAAUGUUGUCAGGCUUAUGUGAUAAGCAGGAAAUGUGCUCUCGAGGAAUGCCUGUCGGUUCUUCAAAUUGAGAGACUCAACAUUGAAGACGUGCUCAAAAUGGAGUGGGAAGUCUUGAGUAGCAUGAUAAAGAAGUUGAUCCCAGCGUUGUGUUCUUUCAUUUGGGUCUGUGUUGCCAGAGAAAGACAACUCUGUGAUCUUGUCUUUGAGCAACAUCCAAGCUCAGUCGGAGAGUCUUGCUUCCUCGAUAUCACAAAGAGUUCUGUCCUUCAACUUCUCAGCAUUGUCAUGGCCAUAGCCAUUUCACCUACAACCCCAGAGAUGUUAUUCCAGACACUCAAUACAUACGAGGCUCUAAAAGAUCUUCUUGUGGACAUGGAGCAGUUCUUCCCAGAAGACAAAGGUUCAAAUGUUUUGACAGAAUGCAGUGAAGUUUCAGCGAGAUUAGAAGAAUCUGUGAGGAGGACCCUAGAGGAGUUCAAAUAUAAGAUUCGAUCAAACAUUUCAUCCACUGCAUUUGCUAGAGGUGACAUCCAUCACCUUACAAAAUAUGUAAUGAACUACAUAAAGGCCCUUUCUGCAUACAGUGAGACCCUCAAUUUGAUUCUUGAAGGCCCUCAUGAGAAUGACCAUUCACUGUCAGGAGACGGUGAACAGACUUCUUCCCCUCUGGCUUGGCAUCUGAAGAUAGUGACUGCAAUUCUGGAAGAAAACAUCGAUUGUAAAUCCCGACUUUACCAAGAUGACUCGCUGAAAAAUAUCUUCAUCAUGAAUAAUGUCUGUUAUAUGGUUGACAAAGUUAAGGGUUCUGAGCUAAGAAGCUUCUUGGGCGACGAAUGGAUUCGUGCGCACAUUGGGAAGUUUCGAAUGCAUGCAUGGAAUUAUGAGAGGAAUGCAUGGUCUUCUGUCAUCUCUUUUCUAAGGGAAGAGGGGAUUUGCAAGCAUAAUUCUAGCACUCCUAUUUUGUCAGUUCUUAAGGACAGAUUCAAAGGCUUCAACCUUGCAUUUGAGGAGGCUUACAAGGCGCAGACUUCAUGGAUAAUUCCUAAUAAAAAACUCUGCGAAGAUCUGAAGAUCUCUCUUUCUGCCCAAUUGAUACAACCAUAUCGAAUGUUUGAAGGUAGGUACGCCACCCAUCUGGACAAUGAUAGACACCGGGAAAGAUACCUCAAGUACACGUCAAACGACUUGGAAGAAUUUUUGCUCGAUCUUUUUGAAGGUUCCCCCAAGUCAUUGCAGAGUCGACGAAAGUGAUGAACUUUUUCCUAUGCAAUUGCAGGAUAUGUUAUCAAAUGCCUGCUGAUAGAAGUUGCCCUUCUAGUCUUUCCAAUUCUUAGAAAUCAUUCAUAUUCCUUUUACACUUUUGUAAAUGUAUGUUGGCGUAUAGCCAUUCUCCAUGUAAUAUCUAUAUCAACUUGCUGUUGUCUUCGCCAAUAGCAAGCAUCACUGGUGCUCCUUUUCCUUGCCGCUCCAGUUCUCCAUCGAAGAAGGCUCUCAAUAACUUAACUUAGUUAAA